UUACAUCCUGUUCAUUGUUUUUAAUUAUUCCUUAAUUGUAUCAUUGGUUAAUGUCACUCUUAGCUUGUAUCUUGACAGAGACAGCAUGUUAUUCUAGUUUCUGUAACCCCUGUUUCUUAAUUCUGCCAAGGGCGUUACUGUUUAGUAUAUUAAGAAGAUGGGGAAUCUGUUCUGUUGCGUACAAGUUGACCAGUCCACAGUACUGAUUAAGGAGAAAUUUGGCAAGUUUGAUGAUGUCCUUGAACCUGGAUGCCAUUGCCUACCAUGGUUCCUAGGCCAUCAAAUUUCCGGCCAACUGUCUCUGAGGUUGCAGCAGUUAGAUGUGCGCUGUGAAACCAAAACAAAGGACAAUGUCUUUGUCAAUGUUGUUGCGUCUGUUCAAUAUCGUGCCCUGCAAGAUAAGGCGAGUGAUGCUUUCUACAAACUCAGCAACACAAGGACUCAAAUUCAGGCUUAUGUUUUUGAUGUGAUUAGGGCAAGUGUUCCAAAGCUAAAUCUGGAUGAUGCCUUUGAACAAAAAAAUGAAAUAGCCAAAGCUGUGGAAGAUGAACUCGAAAAGGCUAUGUCUGCUUAUGGGUAUGAGAUAGUGCAAACACUCAUUGUUGACAUUGAACCUGAUGAGCAUGUGAAGCGGGCAAUGAACGAAAUUAAUGCCGCUGCAAGACUGAGGGUGGCAGCCAAUGAAAAAGCUGAGGCAGAGAAAAUUUUACAGAUCAAAAGAGCUGAAGGUGAAGCAGAGUCCAAAUACCUCUCAGGGCUUGGUAUUGCCCGCCAAAGACAAGCAAUUGUAGAUGGGUUGAGAGACAGUGUGCUGGGGUUCUCUGUCAACGUUCCAGGGACCACUGCAAAGGAUGUGAUGGACAUGGUCCUGGUUACCCAAUACUUUGACACAAUGAAGGAAAUUGGUGCUGCUUCAAAAUCCUCUGCAGUCUUCAUUCCCCAUGGACCUGGUGCUGUUCGCGAUGUAGCUACCCAGAUCCGUGAUGGACUUCUUCAGGCUUCUGCUCAGCAGUAAUUUUCUACUUAUCAUGACAUAUAUGGUGUUCAUGUUUGGACAACAGUCAUUUUAUUAUGUGCUUGGUUUUGUUAAUCAACAAUCAUCAAUUUGUCUAUAUAUCUACUAGUGUCAUAUGACAUUAAGCCAGUUUAAUAUCUGCUCAAUGAAGAUAAUGAGCAUAUUGGUAAUGUAAAGUUACGUGUAUAAUAACUUUCAGUUAUGAAGAAACCAUGCUGAUGCCUUGUUCAUCUUGUA